AAAAUUUAUUACUCAAAAGCUUCGUUGAUUGACAUGAAUCUCCAAGUCAACGUCGUAAGCUCAAUCGUCACGACAACCAUAAAGCAAUAUCGCAUGACCAAUUGCUCUGAUCAAAUUAUACAAGCUAUCUCCUUUCUAGCUCGCCGGCGUCGGUGCAAAAAGUCGGAUUGUCCGUGUUGACAUUCUCUCUAUAUAUAAUUAGCACGCCAUAACCCCACACAGUGUUAUCAUAUUGCUCGCAUGGCAUCAACCACCAAAUUUCACCACAUUACGAAGCUACCAUGCCCAACUCUAGUGUCGCUAGCGACCACACUGAUUGAUCAGACUGAACGGUUGAUCUGGGUAAGCUGUUGACGUCUUCUGACGCCUUCGCAAUCACCCAUCCUCCAUCGGUCAACUCUUUCUGUCACGCCGAUGCCUCCUCAUAGCUCGACCUUGAAACCUGCACAUCAUCACGGUACGGAGAAGUCAACCACCGACCGCCGUCUGUUUUAACCCACUAGGUAUGUGCAAGAUUUCGUGAUCGAACUACGUAGCCACUUAGGACGCGCUGAUUGAAAGCACGCUCGAUAGCGGGGUUGGUGGGACCGACGACGCCGAUAUAGAAACAAGGCGCCAUGAGGAUACGCAUGGCGGGGUAGCCUCGAGGACGGGCAAAGCAUGGUAGUUGUCGCCGACAGCUCCUCAGAAUGCUUCAAUGAGGAGCACAAGCAUCGUUGUCGUCGCCAUAGGCUGCUAUCUCGCGUCAUUGCGAUCUUGCAUACAUAGCGAGCUAUUCUCUCACGAAAUAUAUAUAUAUGCCCUGCAAGCCUGAGUCGCAAAUAUGUCUCCCGGACUCUGUUUUAUAGUCAUCUCUUCCAACUAUCCUACUCGACCGAAGCCACAGAAGCCUACAGCUAUUUCAAUACCACCAGUACCUAUCAAGACUUAGACAUUAUGGCUCCUUCUAUUGAACAAGUCGUUCCGGAGUCCGUCGUGCAGACUGCUGAGCACAUCCAGGAGAAGCUUACAGCUGUUAGCCUUGGCAACUCUGAGGAGCAGAAGCCUGUUGAGAAGGUUGAGGAAGCUCCGGCUGUUCAGGCCCCAGCUGUCGAGACUGCUCCAGCUGUUCAAGCUCCAGCCGUCGAGGCACCGGCUGCUGAAGUGCCAGCUGAGGAGGCCGUCAAGCCAGCGGCUGUCCCAGCUACCAGCUACAUCAAAGCACCCCUGAAGCUCAGCGGUGCCAUCGACUCAUGGAAGAACUUUGAAGUGACCCCAGUUAUUGGGCGUGAAUACGCCGAUGUUGACCUCGCCGCCGUCCUAACGGCUGAGAACUCUGACGAGCUGCUCAGAGACCUUGCCAUCACCAUCUCCCAGCGUGGUGUCGUCUUUUUCCGUGCCCAAGAUAACCUUACCGACGACCUCCAGAAGCAACUUGCACAGCGCCUUGGCGAGCUCUCUGGCAAGCCUGAGACUUCCAAGCUUCACAUCCACCCUGUUGCAAACGCAGGAAGGGAGCACGGAGGCAAGGAUGACGAGAUCAGCGUCAUCUCAUCCGAGCAGGCGAAGAAGAUCUACUUCAACUCAAAGUCGAAGUUUUACAACCAGGGCGUGAAGAAGCAGAACGGAAAGAUUGGCUGGCACUCGGACAUCACCUUCGAGCCCAUCCCAUCCGACUACUCCAUCCUCAGACUUGUUGAGCUUCCCUCGACUGGCGGUGACACCCUCUGGGCCUCCGGCUACGAGCUCUACGACCGCAUCUCCGAACCAUACCAGAAAUUCCUCGAGACCCUGACCGCCACCUACGCGCAACCCGGCUUCAACGAGGCCGCCGACAGGAACGGCUUCAAGCUCUACACCGAAGCCCGCGGCGCCCCCGAGAACGUCGGCGACCUCCUCGAGGCCAUCCACCCCGUCAUCCGCACCAACCCCGUUACCGGGUGGAAAUCCGUCUUUGCCGUCGGCCAGCACGUCGCCAAGGUGAACGACGUGAGCGAGCUCGAGAGCGAGGCGCUUCUGGCUUGGUUCGUCAGACUGUUGGUCGAUAACCACGAUCUACAGGUCCGUCAUAGGUGGCAGAACCCGAAUGAUCUCGCUAUCUGGGAUAACAGGAGUGUGUACCAUGCUGCUACUCCGGAUUACCUCGAGGGUAACUAUGGAGAGAGGAAGGGGAACCGCGCGGUGAGCUUGGGGGAAAGGCCGUAUUUGGACCCGGCUAGUGUGUCGAGGAAGGAGGCGCUGGCCGCUGAGAGUGCUGCUUCUGCUUAGAGCAUUUAAGGAGAGGUUUUUGAGCGUAGUGUACUUGGCUUAUUUGGGGUACAAGUAGGAUGAAUAAUG